CGCGUUGUCAACAAAAGCGCGGGAUCGUUGCGAAGUAAACAAGUAAAUUGAAGAAAAUAAAAUAAAUAUGAUCCUAUCAAGAUCAAAGCCAGCUACGGAGACCCGUACAAACACUGGCAGCAAUUCUGCUAAGAAAAGCUUUCCAGAGUUGGAGGACUUUCUGCUGAAGAGGGAUUAUGUCGGCGCACUCACUAUGCUUGAGUUCCUCAAACACGAGGGCAACGCAGAAGUGUGGCCGGACGUGUGGAGUGCGUGGUGUUGGUUCCACCUGGGCGAAUACCGCCGCGCUCUGGACGUCUACCUGCGCGUGCGCACGCGGGACAAUCUAGAUGCGCGCGUCUCCGACUACAUAGCUAUGGAUGUGGCUGUUUGCUAUUUUUAUUUAGGUAUGUACCAGGAAUCACAAGAAGCUGUGGAGGAAGCACCGAAAUGUUCGUUGAAGACUCGCCUCCUUUUCCACCUGGCACACAAGCUUGGUGACGAGGAGUCUCUGAUGAAGGCCCAUGCGACAUUACGAGAUGUGCCUGAGGACCAGCUGUGCCUGGCCUCAGUCCACUACUUGAGGGCACAUUAUCAGGAGGCCAUUGAUGUGUAUAAAAAGCUCUUGCUGGAUAGACGAUACAAAAAAUUUGAUAACGACGACAUGGAGUGGAUCAAAAUGUUGUCCGCUACGGAUGGCUCGUACAUGGCACUGAACGUGUACGUGGCCCUCUGCUACUACAAGCUGGACUAUUACGACGUGUCUCAAGAGGUGCUCGGGGUCUACCUCGCUCAGCAUCCGACGUCCACCGUCGCGGGGAACUUGAAGGCGUGUAAUCUGUUUAGACUGUACAACGGUAAGGCAGCCGAGAAUGAACUGAAACAGAUGACGUCAGACCAGCACACUUUCGGACAAGAUCUAGUCAAGCAUAACCUGGUUGUGUUUAGGAAUGGCGAAGGAGCGUUAAAGGUUUUACCAGAGCUAGUAGACGUGGUACCGGAAGCUCGUCUAAAUCUAGCAGGCUAUAGACUUCGGAACAGGGAGCCGAUAGAAGCCAGGACUCUGCUGGAACCGCUACAGCCCACCUCGCCGCUACACUACAUCCUCAGAGCCGUGGUCGCCGUAAAGCUGUAUAAUGAUACUGGAGAUGACGAACAACUAAAACUGGCUCAGCAGAGCUUCCACUUGGUGGGCAGUUCAGCAUCAGAAUGUGACACGAUCCCUGGUCGUCAAUGCAUGGCCUCCUCAUACUUCCUGGCGGGUCAUUAUGAGGAAGUUCUAGUUUAUCUCAACUCCAUCAAGAGCUUCUUUGUCAAUGAUGAUACCUUCAACUUCAACUACGCACAGGCUAAAGUAGCAACCGGUUUCUAUCGCGAAGCUGAAGAGAGUCUGCUUUCAAUACAAGACGAGGGCAUCCGCAACUCCUUCACGUUCCUUGCGUGUCUCUGCCGCUGCCACGUCAUGAACAAGGACGCUGCUCUCGCAUGGGAUAUUUGUGUCAAGUCGGCGGGCACUCCCGACAGCUUCGCGUUGUUGCAACUGGUUGCUAACGACAGCUACCGCAUGGGACAGUUUCUAGUCGCCGCCAAAGCCUUCCACAUGCUUGACAGGUUGGACGGAGGUCCAGAGAUGUGGGAAGGACUUCGCGGAGCAGUCUGUGGCUGCGCUCAGGCCGCCGCGGCCAACAGGCCUAACGCUGCAGCUGAGCUCAGGGACGCCCUCGCCUUACUGAAGGGUCCAAGGUCACAUACCCGUGCAGACAAUAUAGUCAGGACCAUCACAAAAUGGGCGCAACAAAACAGGAUCCCCGUCUGACCGGAAACCAAGACCUGCAAAGUAUCGUAAUAUUUAGAUCCUAAUAAUAUGUAGUAAGAAAGUAGCUUGGGCACGUGCGAUAAUAUACAAUCUCUUUUGUAAAAUAUAGCUAAAUAAAUGAAUAGUUUUACGAAGCUAUAUAGUUACUACGACUA